AUGGAUGACCCCUAUCACAACAAUGUGAACCAGCAGGUGACAGAGGGUGGGGAAUACACCUACACUCAGGAUGGAGGAGGUCAGGAUGGCUACCCUUACCAGACGGACUACCCCCCACAGGAAGAGGAUGCUGCUAGUGAUGCCACUGAGGGCGCAGAUGUGGAUGACCAGAUGUAUGAGGGGGAGUACCAGGGUAUCCCCCACCCCGAUGAGAUCAAGGAGGCUCGGCGGGCGGCUCGGUUGGAGGCCAGGAGGAAAGCCCGUCUGGCUGGCCAGCAGGAAGAGGAGGAGGAAAACCUGCCAGAGCAGUAUGAAACCAUCAUGGAGGACUGUGGCCACGGACGCUUCCAGUGGAUGCUGUUCUUCGUGCUGGGGCUUGCACUAAUGGCUGACGGCGUGGACGGCUUUGUGGUGGGCUUUGUCAUGCCCAGUGCAGAGAAGGACAUGUGCAUAUCCAACUCUGACAAAGGGUUGCUGGGUCUGCUGGUGUAUGUAGCCAUGAUGGUGGGGGCGUUGGUGUGGGGGGGUCUGUGUGAUAAGAUGGGAAGGAGGAAGUGUCUGAUCUACGUCCUCACCAUCGACCUAGUCUUCUCCUUCCUGUCCUGCUUUGCUCAGGGCUACGGCUUCUUCCUCUUCUUUAGGUUCUGCUCCGGAUUUGGAAUUGGCGGCUCUAUCCCAAUAGUAUACACCUACUUCACUGAGUUCCUGCAGAUGGAUAAACGUGGAGAACAUCUAAGCUGGCUCUGCAUGUUUUGGAUGCUGGGAGGCCUGUACGCCUCCUUCACCGCCUGGGGAAUCAUCCCUCACUAUGGUUGGGGCUUCGCCAUCGGUACAGAGUUCCAGAUGCACAGCUGGAGAUUAUUUAUUUUUGUAUGUCUCUUCCCUGCGCUGGCUGCACUUGUCGGAGUCGUUUUCAUGCCAGAGAGCCCUCGUUUCCUCCUGGAGAAUGCCCGACAUGAUGAGGCAUGGAUGGUCCUGCGUCAAGUUCACGACACCAACUGGAAGGCCAAGGGAGAGCCGGAGAGAGUCUUCACCGUGACCAACAUUAAGACUCCGCAAACUCAGGAGGACGAGUUCAUAGAGAUCCAGAGUGACACUGGGACUGCCUUCCAGCGCUGGACUGUCAGACACAUGACUAUGCUGCAGCAGGUGAUGGCUAACAUUAUGUCACUAUCAGCUCCAGAGCUCAGGCUGCAAGGCCUCCUCCUGGUUAUUGUCUGGUUCUGCUUGGCCUUCAGUUAUCACGGGCUGGGAGUAUGGUUCCCUGACAUGAUCAAAUACAUGCAGUAUGAGGAGUAUGAGUCCAAGGUCCGAGUGUUCCACCGAGAACGUGUCGAACGUUUCCACUUCAACUUCUCUCUAGUCAACCAGAUCCACCGUGAGGGAGAGUACAUCCAUGACAAGUUUGCAAACAUUGAGAUAAAGUCUGUGAAGUUUGAGGAUUCUCUGUUUGAAAACUGUUACUUUGAAGAUGUCAAGUCGACCAACACCUUCUUUGAGAACUGCACCAUCAAAAACACAGUCUUCUAUAACACAGACCUCUGGCAGGAAAAGUUCAAAGACUGUCGGAUGGAGAACACCACCUUCCUCCAUCCGAAGAAAGGCUGCCAUCUCAACUUCCAGGAGGAGAAUGACAUUGUCAUCUACAUGGUCAGCUUCCUGGGCAGUUUGGCUGUGUUGCCUGGCAACAUCAUCUCAGCAUUGUUCAUGGAUAAGAUAGGAAGAAUCAGAAUAAUAGGUGGUUCUAUGUUGGUGUCUUCUGCCUGUACUUUCCUGUUGCUGCUAAGUUUCAGUCAAGGAGCUGUAAUAUGUUGGCAGUGUCUUUUCUAUGGUGCCAGCGUGGCAGCAUGGAACGGCCUGGAGGUCAUUUCUGUGGAGCUCUACCCCUCCUCUAAAAGAGGGACAGCAUUUGGUAUCCUGAACGGGAUCUGUAAGUUUGCAGCCAUCAUUGCCAGCUUUAUCUUUGCAGCUUUCAUCGGCAUCACUAAGAUCAUCCCAAUCUUCCUGGCCUUCUCUGCCCUCGUCUGUGGAGGUCUGGUAGCACAAAAGCUGCCUGAAACCCGGGAGAAAAUCCUCUCUUGAAAAGCCAAACUCCUGUAGCCUCCAGACCCCAACCACAGUAUAACAAUGGGGAAAGCUUUUUGGGAAGGUGCAAGCUUAAACUGAAAUGGAAAGAAAAGAAAGAGAGGUCAUGCUAUACAAGCUAUGUUUAUGAGCCUGCCACGACUACAUGAUUAAAAAUCUUGAAAAUCUGUCCGGUUGCCUGUGUGACCCUGUGGUUGCUCUUUAUUCCCUCUGUAAGCUCCUCAGGCUGCCCAGCAUUUCAGUCACAUUGUAUAAAACUAAAAAAAUAGUGUUUGUCCUUUUCUUUUGGUAAUUUACUGCCCGUCACACACACACACACAGUGUAGCAGCAUUUGUUUUGUUGAGGUUUGUGUAAAAGAAAGAUUAAUAUAAGAUGAAAACGUGUCCGUACUUGAAAGUUGAUGUAGUCCAUGUUACCAUGUUGUGCUCUGAGUUCAUUCCCAGUUGGAAACAAAGGAGAGACUUAUUGUCAUAACUUGAAUUGAAUUUGAAUCCUGUUGUAUUCACUGCCAAGGCUCAGCCACAAUAUUAUUGCUGGAGUUGUUAUUCAGAGGAAACACUUGGUUUUGUUCACCCAGUCUUUAUUUAUUCUGCACUGUCCUGUUGUGUAUCUAGUCUUAGUUCACAUGUUGCUUGGUUUGUUCUGUCUACACAUAAACCUGGAUUGACCAUUUUAUUAGAUAUAGGAGAUUUUUUUUAAUUGAAUCCACUGUGGUUGAUUAGUCUCAGCUGAUUCAAAUCCAACAGCUGACUGGAUUCUCCUCCUGUUCGUUGUUUGUUGACUGAGACGUCGUGUCUGUUCUUACCUGUAGAGCUGUGUUCUGUAAGCGGUGAUGACAUAGAGUCAGAGUGUUACCUGUCACAUCCUGCCAUGACAAAGUCUGAGGAAUUGUUCUGUUUGUUUAUUAAUUUCUUUUUUGUCUUUUUUUUCUGAAACGAGAAAGAUACAAAACUAUGAGAUAGAUGUUUUGAUACGAUGCUCUCUAUUUAACGUUCUGACGAAGAACAGUUUUACAGAACCUGCUGCAUUUCUGACAACAUGUGUCAAGAUUUCUACAGAGCAUGUUACUUUUGUUGGUGCGACUGAGUGUGUGUGUGUGUGUGUGUGUGUGUGUAUAUGUAUGUGCAUGUGUAGGUGAGUGAGUGCGUGUACAUGUGCACAUGUGUUUGUUGUCCACAUGUCUGUUGAUUUACUAAAACACAACAGUCUGACUUCCAAUAGUAUAUUUGUUGUUGUACAUACUGUAGACCUGUUUAUAUUAGCUGUAAAAUAGUAGCUCCAUCAUGACUUGAAUAAAGUUGAGGGCUUAUGA